CGCCUCCUCACGCUGGCAUCUCGCCCUCUGAGGGCUUCGGAGCGCUUUCAUGGCGUACUCGAAGAGCUUGACAAGGGCACUGCCCGAGCGAGUAAGCGCUCCGAGGCCAUUUGACUGCUCGCCUCCCUCGCCUCCCCCGACCUCGACCAUGCUCGCCUCGACCCUCGCCCUCGCCACGCUCGCCUUCUCCGGCUCGGCCAUCGCGUCGAUCGGCUACGACAAGGACACGGGCAAGCUCGCCUCGGUCAGCUCGAAGAACGUGCACGACCUCGACGAGGAGGUAGAGUACAAAGAAGUGUGCUACCGCAACCUGUACGCCGACGUCGACUACUUCAAGGUCCACAACCAGAAGGAGCUCCUCCUCUCGGACUCCAAGGGCGCCCAGGUCUUCCUCUCGGACGGCCUCAAGAAGGCGUACGACGACGUCGAGUACUACUACGAGGAGUACUGCUACAAGCAGUACAAGGAGCGCUCCCACUCGAACGACUACGACGCGUCCUCGGGCAUCCUCGUCGGCAAGCGCGACUUUGCGUCCUCGCUCGGCCUCGGCGACCUCUCGAACUUCUCCGGCGGCGGCAUGGGCCUCGGCGCCUCGUCGUCCAAGUCGGGCGGCGGCGGCGACGGCGAGUUUGGCGGCGCGAGCGGCCUGUUCAGCAAGGGCUCGUUCCUCGACACGUUCUCCAAGGGCGACGGCAUGGGCGACUUUGGCCUCGACUUUGGCGACUCGUCCGAGGGCGACUCGUCCAAGGGCGACUCGUCGUCGAGCAAGAAGGACGACGGCGUCGACGCCAAGGGCGAUCAGCAGCAGCACGACGACGACCACGACGGCGGCAAGGGCGCGUUCGACGGCUCGUCGUUCGGCUCGUCGCUCCUCGGCGGCGGCGGCUCGUUCGGCUCGGGCGACGACAAGCACCCGGUUGACGACGGCAAGGCGUACGGCGGCGACGACAAGGACGCGUCGCACAAGGACGACGGCAAGGGCGACGGCAAGGUCGAGGGCGGCGUCAAGAAGCGCGGCUUUGUCCUGUUCUCGCGCCGCGUCGCCGUCUCGAGGCACUGA